UUUUCGUGUCUUUCUCGUUCAAGUGCAAAGUAGCUGAGACAGAGGGAUCGGGAAACAAGGUUGGAAGCCUGUUGCGGAGUGGGGAAGACAAUCAAGCAUUCCCCCAAAUAGGGAGGCAAUAUAAUUCGAUGAGCAGUGAGAAGGCAGAAGAAGGAGUAUUGAGCAAUGGGCAGAAACUAGAAACUGCAGAACCCGCAAUCGAUCGAGCUGUGGCGGACAACGAAGUCAUUGUGGGUAAUGAAGAUGCCUCUGACGACGAUGAAUUUGGAGACUUUGAAGAAGUGGACCAGAUUGAGCCAGCUGAAGAGAAACUAGAUGUGAGCACCGAGUUGAAAAAGGAGUUAUCUUUAUAUGAUGGUGAUUACGUGAAAAAUGAAGAGAAUAUAACACAAUUGUUAGGUAACGUCUUCAAUGAAAUAGCGGAUACAAAAACCUCGUUCGGAGAGUUAGAGAGUGAUACAGCUGGUACAGCGUCUCCUACGGACCAAAGAUUUGUUUUCAAUGAAAGGGCAAGCAAAGUUUUUGAUCAGCUCGUUUCUGAUAAUGAUGGACUCACACCGCAUAUUAUCUGGAGAAAGAGCAUGGUAUUCAAGCAGCUAAUGCUCAAUUUAAACAUACCUAUAGAAAACACCAAUAAUAUAUCCGGAAAAGUUCCACAGACCGGCUCUACGAGCAGUACCACAGAAAUUAGGGAUUUGUAUGAUCGAGAAAGUACAUCCAAUGUGAAUAGUGAGCUUGAAAAUCUAUUGGCUCAAGUCCCUGAUUUUGCAAGCUUAGGAAUCGAUAAGAAGAGUGAGGUUUUUGCAGAUAAAAUUACAAAUACCACGAGAAUUAUCACGGAAGCUCAUCAUGCAAUUAGAGAACACUCAGAAAACAAUGAAGGGUACCUUGUGGAACUGGUUGCUGUCAAAAAGAACCUUUUGAAUUUGCUUUCUGUCUGGGACGAAAGAAUGGGCGAUAUAAGGGAAGACAAUGAAUUAUUCUCUUCUUAUGUCGAAAACUUGAUAGGAAAUACACAAAAAUUUAGAAGGGUUAGCAAGAUAGCCAAGUAAAAGUUCUGAUCAUUUUUAUUCGUUUUUAUGUACACUUAUUUUCUAUAU